AUGGGCUGUCGGGACGUCCACGCAGCCACGGUGCUCUCCUUCCUGUGUGGCAUCGCCUCGGUCGCAGGCCUCUUCGCGGGGACUCUGCUUCCCAACUGGAGGAAAUUGCGACUGAUCACAUUCAACAGGAACGAGAAGAACCUGACCGUUUACACAGGCCUGUGGGUGAAGUGUGCCCGAUACGACGGGAGCAGUGACUGCCUGAUGUACGACACGACUUGGUACUCCUCAGUUGACCAGCUGGACCUGCGGGUCCUCCAGUUCGCCCUGCCCCUCAGCAUCCUGAUCGCCAUGGGUGCCCUGCUGCUCUGCCUGAUUGGAAUGUGUAACACGGCUUUCAGGCCCUCCGUGCCCAACAUCAAGCUGGCCAAGUGUCUGGUCAAUAGCGCAGGCUGCCACCUGGUGGCCGGGCUGCUGUUUUUCCUGGCAGGUAUCGUGAGCCUCUCCCCGUCCAUCUGGGUCUUCUUUUACAACACCCAUCUGAACAGGAAGUUCGAGCCAGUCUUUACAUUUGACUAUGCAGUGUAUGUCACAAUCGCUAGUGCCGGGGGCCUGUUUAUGACUUCCCUUCUACUGUUUAUUUGGUAUUGUGCAUGCAAAUCUUUGCCUUCUCCUUUCUGGCAACCACUGUACUCCCAUCCUCCCAGUAUGCACACUUACUCACAGCCCUAUUCUGCACGCUCCCGCCUCUCUGCCAUUGAAAUCGACAUUCCAGUAGUUUCACACAACACCUAG